AUAACCCCGAGCCACUACCACACGCGACCAAGAAGCGAACGCACACCAUGCCGCCCACCCCCACCACCCCCGCGGCUACCGGCGCCGCCGCCGCGGUGACGCCGGAGCACGCGCGACCGCACCGAAUGGUCCGCUUCAACCCGCGCAGCGACCGCUUCCACACGCUCUCCUUCCACCACGUCGAGUUCUGGUGCGCGGACGCCGCCUCCGCCGCCGGCCGCUUCGCGUUCGCGCUCGGCGCGCCGCUCGCCGCCAGGUCCGACCUCUCCACGGGGAACUCCGCGCACGCCUCCCAGCUGCUCCGCUCGGGCUCCCUCGCCUUCCUCUUCACCGCGCCCUACGCCAACGGCUGCGACGCCGCCACCGCCUCCCUGCCCUCCUUCUCCGCCGACGCCGCGCGCCGGUUCUCCGCCGACCACGGGAUCGCGGUGCGCUCCGUAGCGCUGCGCGUCGCAGACGCCGCCGAGGCCUUCCGCGCCAGCGUCGACGGGGGCGCGCGCCCGGCCUUCGCCCCCGUGGACCUCGGCCGCGGCUUCGGCUUCGCGGAGGUCGAGCUCUACGGCGACGUCGUGCUCCGCUUCGUCAGCCACCCGGACGGCACGGACGUGCCCUUCUUGCCGGGGUUCGAGGGCGUGACCAACCCGGACGCCGUGGACUACGGCCUGACGCGGUUCGACCACGUCGUCGGCAACGUCCCGGAGCUUGCCCCCGCCGCAGCCUACAUCGCCGGGUUCACGGGGUUCCACGAGUUCGCCGAGUUCACGGCGGAGGACGUGGGCACGACCGAGAGCGGGCUCAACUCGGUGGUGCUCGCCAACAACUCGGAGGGCGUGCUGCUGCCGCUCAACGAGCCGGUGCACGGCACCAAGCGCCGGAGCCAGAUACAGACGUUCCUGGAACACCACGGCGGCCCGGGCGUGCAGCACAUCGCGGUGGCCAGCAGUGACGUGCUCAGGACGCUCAGGAAGAUGCGUGCGCGCUCCGCCAUGGGCGGCUUCGACUUCCUGCCACCCCCGCUGCCGAAGUACUACGAAGGCGUGCGACGCCUUGCCGGGGAUGUCCUCUCGGAGGCGCAGAUCAAGGAAUGCCAGGAGCUGGGUGUGCUCGUCGAUAGGGACGACCAAGGGGUGUUGCUCCAAAUCUUCACCAAGCCAGUAGGGGACAGGCCGACCUUGUUCCUGGAGAUGAUCCAGAGGAUCGGGUGCAUGGAGAAGGACGAGAGAGGGGAAGAGUACCAGAAGGGUGGCUGCGGCGGGUUCGGCAAAGGCAACUUCUCCGAGCUGUUCAAGUCCAUUGAAGAUUACGAGAAGUCCCUUGAAGCCAAGCAAUCUGCUGCAGUUCAGGGAUCAUAGGAUAGAAGCUGGUCCUUGUAUCAUGGUCUCAUGGAGCAAAAGAAAACAAUGUUGUUUGUAAUAUGCGUCGCACAAUUAUAUCAAUGUUAUAAUUGGUGAAGCUGAAGACAGAUGUAUCCUAUGUAUGAUGGGUGUAAUGGAUGGUAGAGGGGCUCACACAUGAAGAAAAUGUAGCGUUGACAUUGUUGUACAAUCUUGCUUGCAAGUAAAAUAAAGAACAGAUUUUGAGUUCUGCAUCA